CGGAGCCGCGGUGUGGUCGCGCGGCAUUCCGGCCGCGGCGGCACUCCGGAAUCUCGCCUUGGGACGCCGCCGUCCGCCGUCUGCUGUGACAGUCGAUCCGGUGCGGUAACGUUGCGGUGGCGCGCGCAAUUUUAUCGCGAACGGAGCGUCAGCCCGAAGCUUUCGGGGAAAGGAAGAAGGCGUCCGGGCGACAGGUAGGCACGGUAAGUCAUUGAGGAGCGAGGCGCACAAACGGACGGACCACCACGAAGAGAUGUCUCUGGCCGAGCUGAACGAAACAGCUGUGGAGAACUUCCGCGAGUACUUGCGGAUACCAUCGGUGCAACCGGACGUCAACUACGAUGAUUGCGUGGCAUUCUUAACCAGACAGGCAGAAUCCCUGGGCUUGCCGAUAAAAGUCUACCAUGUGUAUCCCAAGAAACCGAUUGUAGUUAUAACAUGGGAAGGAACGCAACCGACAAAACCAUCGAUCCUCUUGAACAGUCAUAUGGAUGUUGUACCCGUAAUCGAGGACAAAUGGACCUAUCCACCAUUCAGCGCACACAUGGACGAGGAGGGCAACAUCUAUGCUCGUGGCGCUCAGGACAUGAAGUGUGUGGCAAUACAAUAUCUGGAGGCGAUUCGCAGAUUGAAGCUGAACGGGGACCGCUUGCAACGCACUAUUCACAUGUCCUUUGUCCCUGACGAGGAGAUUGGCGGUGUCCUUGGAAUGAAAGAGUUCGUGCACACUGCAGAUUUCAAAGCCCUGAACGUCGGUUUUGCUCUAGACGAAGGUGUGGCUGGUCCGUCAGACAAAAUGUAUGUGUUCUAUGGAGAAAGGUCGAUUUGGCAUGUAGAAAUAAGAUGCUCGGGCACUCCCGGCCACGGAUCAAUUAUGCUGGAUAAUACGGCUGGAGAAAAAUUGAGAGUUAUAAUCGAUCGUUUCAUGGACUUCCGAGCCUCCGAGAAAGCGAAACUUCCUGAUUUAAAAAAUGAAAUAACGAAAUGGGUAACCAUGCUCGGCAAUGUGACAUCCGUGAACCUUACGAAAAUUUGGGGUGGGGUACAAACUAACGUUGUACCUACUGACCUCUACGCUAUGUUCGAUAUACGUUUAGCACCUUCUGUUGAUCACGAAGAAUUUGAGGCUACUAUUAAACGUUGGUGCGAAGAAGCUGGCCCAGAUGUAACUUAUUCUUUCGAAGAAAAAAAUCCUAAAGUUGAGAAUACCAAGCUUGACGAUUCCAAUCCUUACUGGAUUGCUUUCAAAAACAGCUGCGAUGAGAUGGGUCUCGAAUUUGAAACUGCUGUCUUCCCGGGAGGCACUGAUAGCCGUUAUGUGCGAGGGGUGGGCAUUCCCGCUUUUUGCUUCUCACCAAUGAAUAAGACAACGAUACUUCUUCACGCUAACGACGAAUAUCUCAACAAAGACAUAUUUCUGAAAGGAAUAGAGAUAUAUAUGAAAAUAAUACCAGCUAUUGCAAAUAUUUAAGUGCCAUAUUGAGCAUGUGUUAUAUUAUAUGUGAAACAUUAAAAGUGCCAUAGUUGGGUAUUUAGAGCUGCUAAUAGCACUCACCUGACCAUUUUAUCAAUAAUGGAGCUUUAUCAGUAAUGAGCUUCAAGAUUCCUUGAGCUCAAAGAUCGCAUUUAAUGUGCAAUAAUACAAGUCAAUAUAUAUUCUAUAUUAUAUUUAUAUAUUCAUGUUAUAAGAUUUCAAGUGUUUAUUACUGUUGGAUGGAAUUUACUUGGAAGAAUAUAUUUUUAAGAAACGAUAUAAAGUAAGAAAAAUAAAACGAAGAAUCUGUGAAGAAACGAGCAAGAAAAAUUCAAGUUUAACAACGAUGAAUGCAAAGAAAUACUGAACAUCACAAAAUAAACUAAAGACUGUAGAUGCGUGAAAAAAGAGAAAAUGAAUACGGAUUUGUGGCUAAUUAAUUAAAGGGAAAAAAGUCAACGUUUUUACCUGCAUUUACCAGUGAAGAGCGCAAGACAACGAUAGUGCCAUAAUGUUUAAUAAGACCAAAGUUAUUACAUUUCUUAAAUUAGGAAUUCUUUGAAAUAAUUUAAAAUGAAACUUGCAUAAAAUAUAUAAUAUAUGAAUGUUAUAGAGAAUAUAUUUUAUAAAGCUGAUAAUAAGCUAGUGAUAAGACUGAUAACUCACGUACACAAGCGCGUGCAUUUAUCACGGAGAGUCAAGAUUGAAACAUCGAGGGAAAUGAGGCUACAAUCUGUUAUUUUCAUUGAAUCAAGAAAUAGACUGAGAAACGAUGAAAUGUUUUGUAAUUUUAAUCAAGUAUCGCAGAGAUGUAUUCAGGUCUGACAAAAAUGUCACGAAUAAAGUACAGGGAAAUAUAUAUA